AUGAAUCAUCCUCCGCAACACGGCCAGGGUCGUGGUCAGCAAGGCCUGGGGCCGACUUGGUAUCCAGGGGGGCAGGAUGACUUUUACAUGCCAGAGGUCAUCUCCCCCUCCCCUCAAAGGGUCAUGCCCGAGGUCCCCGAGAACAUGCAAGACAACAUCGCGCAGAUGGAACACCACUCCUAUGACCCCCGCCGCGCUCAGCCGCAGUCGCCCGCGCAAUACGCUCCCCGGUCCCAGUUUCCGGAGCGCUCCUCUUCUGCGGUUCAAAGCCAGCCUCAGCAAGCCCAGGCUCACGAUCACGGUGCCUACGCGCAGUCCGCGACUUACGAUAGCAUGGACCACCCUAAUUUCUCCCCGUUCCCCCGCGAAGCGAAUCUUGAACGCGCCCGCAUGGCCGUUCUGUCCACCACCGACCCGGAGAUGCAAUUGGCAUGGGCGCAGGAUGCGCUCGCCUUUGUCGAGGUCGCCGCCCAAAACGAGGCUCGUCUGUCGACCACUCAACCCCCACGGCCUCACACCCCCCAGGUCGAGCGUCAGCUGCGCACGGAUGCGAUGAACAUUGUCAACUUUCUGGCGGGCCAGCAGCACCCCAAGGCCGAGUUUAUCAAGGGUAUGUGGCUGGAGUUUGGCAAGUUUGGCUACCGCAUCGACCGAAAGGAAGCGUUCCGCUCUUACACGCGGGCGGCCGAGAAGGGAUAUGCGCGCGCCGAGUAUCGCAUUGGUAUGCAGUUUGAGAGCUCCGGAGAGCCAGAGAAGGCUAUUCGACACUAUGAGCGCGGUGUUUCAAUGUCGGAUUCUGCCUCGUACUACCGCCUGGGAAUGAUGAUUCUUCUCGGACAGCAUGGCCAGCGUCAGGACUAUCGGAGAGGUUUGGAGUAUAUUAGAUUGGCCGCGCAAUCAUGCGACCAGAACGCGCCGCAGGGUGCCUAUGUCUACGGUAUGCUGUUGGCUGGCGAGCUCCCUCAAGUCAGCGUUCCCGAGCCUUACCUCACUCCCGAUCUCAAUAUUGCCCGUGUCAACAUCGAAAAAGCUGCAUACCAUGGAUUCGCCAAGGCCCAGGUUAAAAUGGGUGCUGCAUACGAGCUUUGUCAGUUGCAAUGUGAUUUCAACCCCGCGCUGUCCUUGCAUUACAAUGCGCUCGCCGCCCGCCAGGGCGAACCGGAAGCCGAGAUGGCCAUUAGCAAAUGGUUCCUCUGUGGACACGAAGGUGUCUUUGAGAAGAACGACGAGCUCGCAUUCACCUAUGCCCAACGUGCAGCACAAAGUGGCCUCCCCACUGCCGAAUUCGCCUUGGGCUACUUUUAUGAGGUCGGCAUCUUUGUUCCAGUUGAUAUUAGGGAAGCUCGGAGCUGGUAUGCCAAAUCCGCUGCCAGCGGCAACAAAGAUGCGUCUUCGCGCAUUGAUAGCAUCUCGCGAUCAAAGACUUUGUCCAGGAAGGAUCACGAAAAGGUUGCCAUUUCCCGUAUAAAAUCGACCCGUUAUGCCCACCAGCGUGGUAAUUCGUUGGAAGCAACUCCUGAGAACAUCGAGAUGCCCGACCCUUCACGCAUGAGCCUCAACGACCAACCCCCCUCCGCCGCUCCCUACCCUGAUCGGACUGGGUCUGCUCGUCCUCGUCCUCCCGAAUGGUCCUCCCCCGGUCCUGGAUAUGGCGGAGGUCGCAAUCCGUCCUACGGCGCUGGUGGCCCCGGUGGUCCUCCUGGCCCAAUGAAUUACCGCCAGCACAGCCCUGGUGGUCUCAGUGGUCCAACCAGCCCUCAGUCCGCGGGCAUGAUCAGCCCCAGCGGCACGCCCCGAGUGGACAUUGGGUACUCCGCACCAGUUCCACCUCCAGGUGCGGACCGUCGUCGUCCUGCACGUCUUGACUCUGCACCGCCAGACCGCAAGCCUGUGCGAACACCUGUCUCCGGUCAUGCCCCUGCUCCUGGACCUCUACCAUCCCCUCGUAACCCUACAUCACCUAGGCCGAUGGGCUCCCCCCAAUCUGCCAACUUCCCUCCACGCAACGAGUCACGCCAGCCCUCCAGAAGCUCGGCCUCGUCAACGCCGCAGCCGCCAGCAGGCCCUGCACAACAGCAGCAACCGGCUAAGCCUGCUGCUCCACCGCCAUCUAAGGGUCCUAAGACGUUUGAGGAAAUGGGUGUCCCCAGUGCGAAGAACGACAGCGAUUGCUUUGUAGUGUGUAGAGGAUUCAAUUUUGGUGUGGUGUGUGAUCUCUCUCUUCUCAUCUUCAACUUCCACCUGAACUUUCACCUCGAAUUCGAGUCCACUCCAGGCUUUCCCCAAACCGUCACCGCCAUGGCACCUCGCAAGGAAAAGGGCGACAAAGGUGCCAGGACAGAUGAUGCCACUCUGGUUCUGGAUUAUCUACGUGAACAAAAUCGUCCCUACUCGGCGAUCGAUAUCUCUGCAAAUCUACACAACAAGGUCACCAAAACCCAAGCCGCAAAGGUACUAAAGGAAUUGCACCAGAAUGGCGAGAUCGAAGGUCGAACUGCAGGAAAACAGAUAGUCUAUCAUGCCCUCCAGAAAGCAUCAGACAGUGCGAGUCCCGAAGUCCUUGUUGCUCUCAGUCAGCAGAUCACGACACUUCAAGAUGAACUCUCGACCAUCAAGGCAAACGAGAAAAAGGCCCGAGCUGCCUUGUCCGCCCUUGAAGCUAAACCGCGACUGUCCACUCUGCGAGAGGAUAUCCGCCAGCUACAGGAGGAACGAGACGCCGCCCAAGCACGUAUAGGCAAACUCUAUGGCGACGAUCAACCUCAGAUCUCCCCCGAGGCGCGUGCUCAGCUGGAGCGCGACUGGAAGCAAUGGCAACGACAGGCCACCGUCCGCCGUGGCAUCUGUCGCGAGUUAUGGGGGCGAUGCUCUGAAGUUUUGCCGGAGGAUACGACUGCGCCGGAGUUAUGGGUAAGCCACACACUACUACUCAUCGCCACUGGCACUUGA